CCCUUCGAUGAGAAUAUCGAUAACUUCGAGAGAAAGAAAAAAGAGAGCUUUUUGAUAACCUCGAGAGGAAACAACAAUGGCGGAAGAAGGAGCCGUGAUCGCUUGCCACACCGAGGCUGACUGGAGGCAGCAGCUCCAGCUCGCCAACGAGUCCAACAAGCUGGCUGUGAUCGAUUUCACUGCUUCAUGGUGUGGACCUUGCCGUGUUAUCGCUCCAUUCUUUGUUGAGCUGGCCAAGAGGUUCACUGAUGUUAUCUUCCUUAAGGUUGACAUUGAUGAACUGAAGGUCGUCGCUCAAGAAUGGGCGAUCGAAGCAAUGCCGACCUUCAUCUUCCUCAAGAAAGGUACUAUCUUGGACAAGAUGGUCGGUGCUCGCAAGGAUGACCUUCCAAAGAAGAUACAGGAGUACAUGGCCAAGUGAUUUGUAGUACUUAUGUGCCUAAGACUUUCUGAGUGUGUUUACAUACCUUAAUAAGCACUUCAACAAUCUAUCUUGUUAUUAUGCUCUAUAUGUUCAGAUAUCCUGAAUUUGUUGCUUGUGCACUUUGAUUAGUAUUUUUAUUAAGGUAAUAAUUCCUUGUGAAGUUCCAA